UCAUGUGACACUGGCACAUACCGAGAUUGAGGGCGGCCUAUAAAACAUGCCUGGCUGCCCUUUGUCUUCUAACCACAAGGAGUCAGGCACUGAGAAUGACUCUGCUUCUCUUGUGGGUCCUGGUUCUCCCUUUUACUAAAGCCUUAGAUUCUCAGUGCAUCCUGCAGAAUGACUUUGAACCAGGCUUCAUGACCAGAGGAGACUUCGUCAUAGGGGGAAUUUUCCCUCUGCACUACAAUCAGGAAAUGCCAGAUCUGGACUGCUCUUAUAAACCAGGACAAGUGCAGUGCAAUGGGUUUGAUCCCAGAGCUUUCCGCUGGGCUAUGGCCAUGAGACUUGCCGUAGACGAGAUUAACAACAGUAGUGAGCUGUUACCCAAUCACACAUUGGGCUAUAAAAUAUUUGAUUCCUGUGCAUACCCUCUGACAGGGCAAAGAGCAGCUCUGGCUGUUAUGAAUGGGCCAAGUGAGGCUGAUCGGCCCAUGUGUUCUGGUGCUAGCCCUAUGCUGGCCAUCAUUGGUGAAUCUGGGUCGGCUCAGUCAAUAGUGGUUUCAAGAAUAUUGCAACCUUUCAGAAUCCCAAUGAUCAGCUACUUCUCAUCCUGUGCCUGCCUCAGCAACAGGAGAGACUUCCCCACAUUCUUCAGGGUGAUCCCCAGUGAUGCAUACCAAGUAAAAGCCAUUGCCAAGCUGCUGAUUCAUUUCAACUGGACUUGGAUUGGAGUGGUGCGAGGGGACCAUGCAUAUGGACGCUCUGCUCUCCAGGACCUGCUGAAGCAGCUGGAGGGUACAGGUGUGUGUGUGGCCUACCAAGAGAUGAUCCCUUUGCUGUAUAACAGCAAGAAGGCAAUCGAAAUCAUCCGAGUGAUGAACAGCUCCAGUGCCCGAGUGGUGGUGGUAUUCUCGGCUGAGGGAGAACUCACUCCCUUUAUGCGGGACUACAUGGAACUGAAUAUAACUGGAAUCCAAUGGAUAGCCAGUGAGGCCUGGGUGACAGCUGCUGUGUUCACUGGAAGGAAUUUCUACCCCUACCUUGGUGGUACCAUUGGUUUUGGGAUAAGGCAAGGCAACAUCCCGCGGCUGAAGGAAUAUCUGAUGACGGUGAACCCAGAGAGAUACCCUACCAACCCCCUGGUUCUAGAGCUGUGGGAGGCUAUUUAUGGUUGCACUCCCUUCUCUUCAGGCAGUAGUAGUGAGUUGCCCCUCUGCACUGGGCAGGAGACCAUUAAAACACAGCACUCAGCCUAUUGGAACACCUCCAGCACUCGCAUUACUUACAAUGUCUAUAAAGGUGUGUAUGCCAUUGCUCACUCCCUACAUAAUCUCAUUACCUGCCGACCUGGAAGAGGCCCAUUCAGUAACUCCACUUGUGCAGACAACACCAAAGUCUUCCCGUGGCAGCUCCAGCAUUACCUCCAAGAAGUAUCUUUCACUGUCUCAGGAGAGUUGGUGAACUUUGAUGCAAAGGGUGACUCGAUCCCAUCCUAUGACCUGAUCAACUGGCAGAAGGGCAGAGAUGGCAAUAUCGAGCUGGUCAAAGUGGGCAUGUACGAUGAAGCUCAGGAGGUCGGGAAAGAGCUGAUCAUUUAUGACAUAGCUCUCACAUGGCCUGGAGAUCAGACUGAGGUGCCAGUAUCCAUUUGCAGUGACAGCUGCACUCCGGGAUUCAGGAAGGCUGUCCGUCGUGGGGAGCCUCUGUGCUGCUUUGACUGUAUACCAUGUGACAGUGGCAAAAUUAGUAAUCAGACAGAUUCAAUAGACUGUAUGGCAUGUCCUGAAGAUUAUUGGUCCAAUGCAGAUGGAACAACUUGUAUCCCCAAGGUUGUUGAGUACCUUUCCCAUGAUGCAAUGGGCGUGACGCUAACUGUGAUAUCUGUGGUAGGGGCCCUUUUUACGCUAGCUGUCUUUGCAGUCUUUCUCUAUCACAGGAACACUCCCAUAGUGCGCAUCAACAAUUCAGAGCUGAGCUUCUUUAUCCUGCUCUCUUUGACACUGUGUUUCCUGUGUGCGUUGAUCUUUAUUGGAGAGCCCACGUCCUGGUCAUGCAUGCUGCGCCACACUGCUUUCAGCAUCACCUUCUCCCUCUGCAUCUCCUGCAUCCUGGGGAAAACGUUAGUGGUUCUGGCUGCUUUCACAGCCACCCGGCCUGGAAACAAUGUGAUGAAAUGGCUCGGGCCUGUGCAGCAGAGGAUCAUCAUCUUUAGCUGCACUUUAGUCCAGAUGAUCAUCUGUACAGCUUGGCUCAUAGCCUCCCCUCCAUUCCCAUACAGAAACACACAGUACCAACACUCCAAGAUCAUUCUGGACUGCAGUGUGGGCUCAGAUCUGGCUUUCUGGUGUGUGCUAGGGUAUAUUGGCCUCUUAGCCUGUGUAUGCUUUAUUUUGGCCUUCCUGGCUCGCAAAUUACCUGGGAAUUUUAAUGAAGCUAAAUAUAUCACCUUUAGCAUGUUGAUAUUUUGUGCAGUGUGGUUGGCUUUUGUGCCAGCCUAUGUCAGUUCACCUGGUAAAUUCACUACUGCUGUGGAGAUAUUUGCUAUUUUAGCUUCAAGCUUUGGCCUCCUGUUUUGCUUAUUUGCUCCAAAGUGUUACAUUAUUUUACUGAAACCUGAGAAGAAUACAAAACAGCAUCUAAUGGGGAAAGCUGUAAAAUAAAAGUUUAAUAUACUGUUUAGUUUUAUUGUAUUUUUUAACAAAUAGCUUUUAUUUGCUUUAAUAAUUUGUUGAUUUUUAUUUGUAUUAUUAUCUCAUGUAUUUAACUGAUUUAAAUGUAUCCAUUUUAGGCUGUUUAUGAAGCCAAUAAUGCUGCCAUCUAAUUUAUUAAAAAAUAUCUUGC